AUGAAGAUCGCCCUGAUCGUUCUCUUAGCCCUCGGCGCUUGUGCCAGCGGCGAUGACAGUGAUAACACAAUGGAAACUGCCAUCAAUUUCAUUAAGGACUGCAGGGGAGAUUACAUUUUGUGUGUUAAGGAAAAGCUGUUGAGGAUUGUGGACAAUUUAAGAGCGUCAAGAAGCAUUGCAAUUGCUGAAGGCGUUGUUCUGAAGGGCGAACCAGAUGUCCGGACUGGGAAGAAGCUUGAUAGUCUACCAGUUGACCCAACCUCCCGAGAUGCCGAAGUUAAUUACAGAUUAUUGGAUGGCGUUGUCAGUUUAUUUGAAACUCAUGCCCUUGAAGUUAAAAUGAAUCAAGGUGAUAAGGAGGAAAUGCAGCGUUCUCUUGAAGAAGGACGUGCAAAGAAGAAGGGCGGCAGCGGUAUGGGAGCAAUCAUUGGACUGCUGGGAGCCAAAGUACUCCUCGGAAAACUGUUCAUCGUUAAGCUUAUCGCCCUCAAGGCUUUAGCGACAGCUAAGAUUGCUUUAGUCCUCGCUGUCAUCCUAUUCAUCGCAUGGUGUUUCAAACACGACCACAGCAAGACCACAUACGAGGUGGUACCCCACGCUCAUCACCAUGAAACCCAUCACCCAGUUCAUGUCGAACACAUCGCUCACGAUAUUGGCCACGGCCACGGUUUUUCCAGUUACGGAUCCGGUUCUGACUGGAACAAGAACAUCGACGAUGCUCAAAACUUGGCCUACAGCGCCUACUCACCUCAUAAGUAAUUUUAACCAAAACAGUUGGUUCCCACCAGCAUUAUAACAGUUGUACAAAGACUUAUUUAUUUAAUUAUUUAAUUUAUGUUAUUUAUUAACUUAUCGCUAAAUAAAAUAUUGUUUUCAUCA